UAUUCCCAUUUUACCCUCAGCCCUUGUAUGUAUUACCACUCAAGUCCAGUUUUCCAACACUAUGAGCUACCCACUCCAGUCGUAGACUCUUGUCCUAAUAUGUCUUCUCCUCUGACAAUAACUGAAUUUUAAAUUCCCAAAACACCCCUUUAACAACCACUUACAGAGAAGGGGAAAAACAGCUCUGUUCACAGCCCUUAAUGGCUUCCAUGGCUUCCCUUUUGCUGAAAACUCCAAACCCAUCUCACCCUUUUCCCAAAUCUCACAAAACCCAUCUCCAAUUCAAUCCCAAAUUCUCAAUUCCUCUGCUUUCUGACAAGAAGAAAAAGAGGAACUCGAUUCGGAUUUCUUGCUGUUUGAUUGAACCGGAUGGCGGCAAGCUCAUUGAGCUUGUCGUCCCGGAGCCACAGAGGGAUGAGAAGAGAAGGGAAGCCAUGUCGGUUCCACGGAUUAAGCUGUCACGGAUUGAUAUCCAGUGGCUCCACGUCCUCAGUGAGGGGUGGGCCAGCCCUCUUCGCGGAUUCAUGCGUGAAUCCGAGUUCCUCCAAACUCUUCAUUUUAAUUCCCUCCGGCUCGAUGACGGGUCGGUUGUGAACAUGUCAGUGCCGAUUGUUCUGGCAAUUGAUGAUGGACAGAAGCAGCGGAUUGGGGAGUCGAGAAAAGUCGGUCUCAUGGAUUCCCAUGAUAAUCCAGUUGCAAUUUUGAGCAACAUUGAAAUAUACAAGCACAAUAAGGAAGAACGAAUAGCUAGGACUUGGGGAACAACAGCCCCUGGACUCCCAUACGUUGAUGAAGCCAUAAAAAAUGCUGGAAACUGGCUCAUUGGAGGGGAUUUGGCAGUGAUAGAACCAAUCAAGUACAAUGAUGGACUUGAUCAGUACCGGCUGUCCCCAGCAGAACUCCGUGAAGAAUUCACAAGGAGGAAUGCAGAUGCAGUAUUUGCAUUCCAACUAAGGAAUCCCGUGCACAAUGGGCAUGCGCUGCUCAUGACGGACACUCGUAGGUGUCUUCUAGAGAUGGGAUAUAAGAACCCAGUCCUGUUGCUUCAUCCCCUAGGGGGCUACACAAAAGCAGAUGACGUACCACUUAGUUGGAGAAUGAAGCAACACGAGAAGGUGCUUGAAGAGGGCGUUCUGAAUCCAGAGACAACAGUUGUUGCUAUCUUCCCAUCGCCUAUGCAUUACGCAGGCCCAACAGAAGUGCAGUGGCAUGCUAAGUCUCGCAUAAAUGCAGGAGCCAACUUCUACAUCGUGGGCAGAGACCCAGCUGGUAUGAGCCACCCUGUUGAGAAAAGGGACCUCUAUGAUGCCGAUCAUGGGAAGAAGGUGCUGAGUAUGGCCCCUGGACUUGAGAGGCUCAACAUCCUACCCUUCAAGGUGGCUGCCUAUGACAAGAAGCAGAUGAAAAUGGCAUUCUAUGAUCCAUCUAGGCCUCAAGAUUUUCUGUUCAUAUCGGGCACUAAGAUGCGAAGUCUUGCGAAAAACAGGGAAAACCCGCCUGACGGCUUCAUGUGCCCAGGAGGAUGGAAGGUCUUGGUUGAAUAUUAUGACCGUUUGGUGCCCUCUGAGAAGGAAAAAUUCCGUGAAGCCAUCCCAGUGUAGAACUACAUCCAUUAUCAAAUUCCUGGCUAUGUGUUUGUGGGAAAACUAAUGCUUUGUAUCUCUCUGCCCAAAUAAAGCAUUUGACAUUGGUCGAGAGAUAGUUAUCUGGUCGGGUAUCCAUGGGCCUGUAAAUAGUUUGCUGCCCAUCAUGCCAUGAACUCGGUUUGGUUUGUAGUUCUCUUAUUGUGCUUCUGCAAAGAAUGUCGGUUGUGGAUUGUUGAAAAGUUGAAGAAGGAGAGCAACAACAUGCAUGAUCAACACACAAUCAUAACUAAUAAACAUUCAAAACUUCUGUGGUACUUCAAUCCACUUC